CUCGGCCAUGGCCCAGGGACAGGCCAUGUCACUGCUGACCCGGGCGUACCGCGUGACGGGGGACCGCCGCUACCUGGACGCCGCGCGUCGGGCCGCCGGCCCGUUUUCCGUGGACAGCCGGGAUGGCGGCGUGCGGACCUUGUUCCAGGACAAGUACGUCUGGUACGAGGAGUACCCCACCGUGCCAUCGUCGCUGGUGCUCAACGGCUUCAUCUACUCGCUGAUGGGCCUGUACGACCUGUGGCGGACGGAGGGCGAGGGCGGCGAGGCGGGCCGGCUGUACGCCGCUGGGCUGACAUCACUGCGCGCCCUGCUGCCGCUCUUCGACACCGGCUCCGGCACGCUAUACGACCUGCGCCACGUGACCGGAGGCGGGCCGCCCAACCUGGCGCGCUGGGACUACCACGUGACGCACGUCAACCAGCUGCUGGUGCUGGCCACCAUGGAGCGGGAGCACACGCUGUUCGCCGAGCUGGCCGACCGCUGGACCGCGUACAUGCGCGGCCACCGGGCGGCGCACAACUAGCCGCCGCCG